AUGUUGGUUGGAUUUUGCCUUUCUAUUUCCUUAUAUGCUAUACAUGCUCUUGCUGUUGCUGUAUUAAUUCCAUCAACUAAUCUUGUGAAUGUUGAGAAAAGAGGUCCAGUGUAUGGUGUAUUCACGGGUGUAACGGCUCCAACUUGGAGUGACGGUGGAAGCUGGGACUUACGUUACCCUUUUGCUCCAUUUUGGCUGAUUGUCUUUGAUUGGACAAUUUCUUACCCUUCUAUUCAAAGUGGAGAUACAUUUUCCUUGUCUUUAACUAAUUUAUUCGCCGUGUAUACCCCAGGAAGCACAUAUGUUAAACGUGAUACAACACAAACUGUUUCAUUAGCUGGACCUGAUGGUACUGUUUAUGCUACUUGUGAAUUGAUUCCAGCAACAAUUGUUUCAGUGGCAGAGCUUCAAUGUGUGGGAACAAAUGCCAUUGCUUCUGGUAUCGAUGUUAGUGGAUCAUUUACACUCGAGUUUGUGUUUAAUGCAGGGGGGUCCAUAAAUAACCCAGAUUUACAAGCUGCAAAGUCUAUAGUUGGUGCCCUUAACCAUCUUCUGUUUUCAGAUGGUGUAAAUAAUUUACCCUAUGAUGUUACCUUUGUUAAAGGGUCUCCUUCAAUAUCAGAGAAUCCAAACCAUUUGGUCUACGCUGAUAGACCAGUUCCAUGGGCUAAUUAUGAUUCGAUUUAUGUAUUAGGUGGUCUGUGUAAUGAUGAUAAUGGUGUUACAGCUGGGGCAUUGGGUACUUUGGGCAUUCUGAGUCCAAGUGGAAAUCUUGAUUGCUCAAGUUAUCAAGUUCAAGUAACUAAAGAUCUUAAUGAUUGGUAUUUCCCAAUUUCCUCCUUGGAACAAGAGGGAAUUUCUAUUACCUGUACUAAGACAGCUAUCACAGUAAAUUAUCCCUUCUUAAAGGAUAAUUACAGGCCAUUUAUUGCAAUUGAUGCCCAUACUUCUGGUGAAGAGUUUGAAAUUUAUUUUACCAACACCUAUAUUUGUCCAAAUGCACCUCCACAUAAUGGUCUUGUCAAUUAUCCUCCAGUUACUUAUGAUGCCACUGUUACUUUUGAUGGUUCUGGAUCCCCACCUGUUAAGUAA